AUGUCAUAUAUUCCAUUACAGUACUAUACUACCACUACUACUACUACUACUACUACUACUACUACUACUACUACUACUACUACUACUACUACUACUACUACUACUACUACUACUACUACUACUACUACUACUACUACUACUAUGUUGCUGAUAGGUUUUUUUCGUUAUAAACCACAAAUAUUUUCGAGGAAGAAAUUGAAAUUCUCUCCUGGUUACAUGACUAUUAAUAACUAA